AUGCGAAAUUAUCGUCUUCUCUGGUUGGUGUCACUUAUUAUAGAAUCUACAUAUGGAUUCGACGCUGUUACCGAUCUCAUCACUUUGCAAAGAUUGAAAAGAAUAUACUGGUACCCGCUUCGUCCGAAGAAAGAAGAACAAAUUGAAAAAAUCGCUAAUCGUCACAUGCUAAAGCAGCCUCUGAUGAAAUUUGAUCUGCUCUGGAAGAAGUUUAAUGGCCGCAAACGAUCAGCGCCUCAAUUAUUCUUACUGUAGCAACAUUUUUUCUUGCUGUCCAUUCUGUGAAAGAUCUCUUGCCCAAAUUUCUAUUCUUACUAUUCCAUUGUUCUCUCUUUUUUCACACUAGCCA